AUGAGGGGGAUGACCGCAAGCGCGAAGGAGCGAGCGGAGGAGUUAGAAGCGCAGGUGAAGAGGCAAGGCGAGGCCAUGGCAGCUCUGAAGCGAGAGGUGGACGAAAUGAGGCGCGCGAUGGCGAAGGGGGCGCUGGAGAUGAUGGGAGCGGCGGGGGGGAAUCACGGCGCUGGCAGUGCCGCGGCAAAACCGGAAGUGGACGGCUCCCCAGCGCAGCCGGCGAAGAAUUGCGAGGCGCUUAUGGCCCUGGUGGAGGCCAUGAUAGCGACGCGGGUGAAGGACGUGCGGGACGAGCUCGACUCGCAAGUGAAGGGAUUGAAGGAGCAGGUGGAGGCGGCGAGAGGCGAGGCGAGAGACGCGGCGAGCGAGGUGAGGGAGGUGAUCAAGCAGCAGGCGGCGGAAAUAGCGGACGUGCGCGCGACAGCGGCGCACAUUGACGCGCGGAUGAACGACGUGGAGCUGGCGGUGGCGGAGUGGAAGAGCGCGCGCGAGACGACGCGCGCGGAGCACAGCGACGGCAGCGACGGCAGCGACGGCAGUGCGAAGGAGCACGCAGAGGCGGAGGAGCGCGAGGGGAAGAAGAGGAAGAGGAAGACCGAAGGGGAUGAGCUGGCAGAGUUUUGUGGUGCUGCGGACGACGAUGUUGCUUCUCGUGAUAAACAGCAGGCUGAAGCGGACAACUCGAAAUGUCAGGGGCUGAAGAAGUCGGUGGAGGCGGUAGAAAGCAGAGUAGCGAAGCUGGAGGAGACGAGUGGCGAAAGUACGAGGAUAUGGGAGGCAAUGCUCACUUUAUGGGCGGCAGCAGUGCCGGGGCAGACUCGAAUGGAUCUCAGCAGCAUCUCCUGCCUCACCGACGCUGCUCUCACCCGCCUUGCCUCGUUGCGCUCCCUCAAAUUCCUCAACCUCGAUGGCUCCUCCGGCUUCACUGCAGCAGGAAUGAGAAAUCUGUACUCCCUCACAGCCCUCAACCAUCUGAUAUUUGGGGUUACCAAUGCAACCGAUGCCGCUCUGGAAGGCAUUUCCCGCCUGAUGAACCUGCGCAUCCUGGUGCUAGACUACACCAAUGUCACAAACGCGGGAGUGGCGAGGCUGCAAGAGCUGUCUGGCCUCACGGCGCUGUCCAUGACCGGAUGUGCGUCUGUGACCUCUGCUAGCAUGGUCCAUGUGGGCAGAAUGACGUCACUGCAGUUUCUCACACUGAACGCAAGUGGAGUCAAGGAGGAUGCGCUGCAGCAUCUGACUGGCCUCACUUCUCUCACGGUCUUCACUUUGCCCCAAGGAGUGACUGACUCAAGCAUAAGGCAUCUGAGGAAUAUGAAGCACCUUCAGAAGCUGGCAGUGUGGGAUGCCAGCAUCACUGCGUCAGACGGAGUGGUUGUGAAAGUGCAACGAGCAGAGACGGCGGGCGAGAUGAGGGAGAUGACCGCAGGCGCGAAGGAGCGAGCGGAGGAGUUGGAAGCGCAGGUGAAGAGGCAAGGCGAGGCCAUGGCAGCUCUGAAGCGAGAGGUGGACAAAAUGAGGCGCGCGAUGGCGAAGGGGGCGCUGGAGAUGAUGGGAGCGGGGGGGAACCACGGCGCUGGCAGUGCCGCGGCAGGAGAUGACGUGGACGGUAAGGCGCUUUCCGCGCAGCCGGCGGCGAAGGGCGAGGCGCUUAUGGCCCUGGUGGAGGCCAUGAUCGCGGCGCGGGUGAAGGACGUGCGGGACGAGGUUGAGUCGCAAGUGAAGGGAUUGAAGGAACAGUUGGAGGCGGCGAGAGGCGAGGCGAGGGACGCGGCGAGCGAGUUGAGGGCGGUGAUCGAGCGGCAGGCGGCGGAAAUUGCGGAGGUGAAGGGGACGGCGGCGCACAUUGACGCGCGGAUGAACGACGUGGUGGCGGAGUGGAAGAGCGCGCGGGAGAAGCCGCGCGCCGAGCGCAGCGACGGCAGCGCGAAGGAGCGUGCAGAGGCGGAGGAGGCGCGGGAGGGGAAAAAGAGGAAGCGGGAGGUCGCGGGGAAAGGGGAUGAGCUGUCAGAGUUUGCAGGUGCGGCAGAUGAUGCUGUUGAUGAGAACCGGGAUGAAGCGGAGGACACGGUAUGGGAGGUGGAAUGGCAGGAAGUGAAGGGCUGGUUUUUCGCGUUGGGAAGCAGAGUGGAGAAGCUGGAGAAGACGAGUGACGAGGGAAAGAGGAUAUGGGAGGCAAUGCUUACCCUGUGGGCGGCAGCAGCACCAGGGCAGACUCGAAUGGACCUCAGCAGCAUCUCCUGCCUCACAGACACGACUCUCACUCGCCUCGCCUCAUUGCGCCACCUCACUUCUGUCAACCUCAAAGGCUCCUCCGGCUUCACUGCAGCAGGGAUGAGACAGCUUUACUCUCUCACAGGCCUGGUCCGUCUGGAACUGGGUUCUCUCUCUUCUUCUGCCACAGCUGAUGCUGCUCUGGAAGGUAUUGCCUGCCUUAAGAACCUGCGCAGCCUUGCAGUAAACAACACCGAUAUCACAGACGUGGGAGUGGCGAGGCUGCAAGAGCUGACUGCUCUCACGGCACUGUGCAUGGCCCGAUGCUUAAAGCACCUGAGGAGCAUGAAAACUCUGGAGAGGCUUUCACUGAAGGAUGCUAGAAUCACUGCGGCAGGCAUCAAGUGGCUCAAGGGGCUUCCGUCCCUCCAGAAGGUUAGGACCUCUUCGAGCGAGGUGGAGGAAUUCAUAAGGGACAUUCUUCCGGGGGUAAUUGCUACAUCAGGUCCAAUUAAUACGUGA